AUGGCGGAGCCCGAGCCAACGGAGGAGCUGCCGCCAAUCGGCGGCGACCCGCACAACGCCGUGCAGAUGAGGCCGGUGCGAACUACGUACGGUGAGGACAUUCCCGCAGGUGGUUAUGUUGUCAAGAUGGCCAAGUCGGCACCUCUGUCGGAUUUGAAGGCGGCGAUGGCGCAGAAGCUCAGCAUCUCCGAGGAUACGAUCACUUUUGCCUACGAGGGCGAAGAGAUGGACGAGAAGAAGACCAUCAAGGACAAUGGAAUCCCUGAGCCGGGACCGGCUGCUCGGCGUGCCGGCGCCAGAGUGGAGCUCCAGUUCUUGAUUCGAGCUGGUGUGGAAAUCGGCGCACAGCGCGCUCGUCGAGAGGCAGCAGAGGCGGCAGAAGAAGCAGAGCGUCUUCGCGUGGAAGAGGAAGCCCUCAGGAGGAAGGAAGAGGAAGAGAAGCGGGUCAAAAUGGAAGAGGAGCAAAAAAUGGCAGCCAAAAGAAAAGCUGACGCGGAGGCAGAGCUCCGACGACAGGAGGAAGCACGCAGAAACAAUCGAUGUGUUCUACGCUGUUUAGAAAUCGGGGGAGGUGGUGGCAAGGAGCUAGUCACUGCGAGCAACCUGACCGUCAUGGAGGUGCAGGAUUGCUUGUGUUGUUUUUCUUGCGAUGCUGACUGGUCAUCAGUGGAACGGUUCUGCUGA